AUGAAGACAAAUUUGGGGAGGAAAUUGGUGAUUAAAAAAGAAUAUGAAGGUGAUGGUUGCAAGGAAGUGUCGGCGGCGGAUUUGAGAGAGAAGAGGGAGAAGAUUUGGGCGGCUAGGGUUUUGUGUUUAGGGGAAGAAGAAGAUGUUUUCGACGAUGGUGAAGGUGAAGCAAAGGGAAGGAAAACAGAAGGGUUUGGCGGUGGACCUGGGGGAGAAGAGGAAACGGUUUUGCGUUUUAGGGAAGAAGAAGAGGGUUGGGAAAACGGCACCGCCGACUUAGGGAAGAAGAGAGGAAGUGUUGUGCGGCUAGGGUUUCCCUUUGGAAGAAGAAGAGUCAGUGAUGGUUUCCCUGAAAAAACCCUCCAUCCUCCCAUUUAA